UUAUUGUCACUACCUCACCAGUCUGUUCCGAGUCGCCCCUAACCUCCUCUCCCCCUCCUCUCCCCUCCUGCACGUCUGGUCGAAGAGAGUGGCUUCCUUGUUUGGGGGUGGGCCAUAGUCCGUGCAUCCAGCCUUCAGUCGAUCGGAGAGGUGUUUUCCCCUGUACAGCGGAGAGAGAGAGGAACUACACGGCCAGGCGGAUAACGUUACUCGCUCUGUCUGAGAAUGUACUAGUCUGAAGAAAUGGCAUGCGGAUACACUUUAAAACAAAUUACUUUAACUUGGUAGCAAUAUGUAUUAUGUCGUACUCAAGGGAAUGUGAACGGGCACCGGAGACAGACUCAGGCUGGAAGUUUUGAAGGGCCGAUCACGGCGCCUCUUCCCCGGUCCGGUGUUAUUACCGGGGUCCCAUUUCCCCGGGUAGCCCCAUGCAAAACAUAACGGCACCCGGCAGCCCCAACAACAACUCUGAUGUCAUUUGCUCCUGUAACUGCACCGGUCCCCAGCCGGAGGGAAUGGAGAUAUCUGUCCUGGAGUCUGCUCAGAUCCUCAUCAUCCUGGUCCUGAUGACUGUAAUGCUGCUGGUGAUUGGCUGUCUGUUGAACCACUACAAGCUGUCUGCCUGCUCCUUUACAACCAGACAGAGCCAGGCCCGGAGGCAAGCACAACACCUACAGCAGGAUGUGUGUCUCUGGCCGCCGGACAGCGGCGCUCGACAAGGUGCCUCCGAGGUGGUGUAUGUGCCCCAGGCCAGGGAGAGGUUUACAGCCCCCUCCUUUAUGUCCCGGGAUCGUUUCAGUCGCUUCCAGCCCACCUACCCCUACCUGACCCACGACAUCCACCUUCCCCCCACCAUCUCCCUGUCUGACGGAGAGGAGCCCCCGCCCUACCAGGGCCCCUGCACCUUACAGCUGAGGGACCCAGAGCAGCAGUUGGAGUUAAACAGGGAGUCGGUCAGGGCCCCCCCCAAUAGAACCAUCUUCCACAGUGAAGUGAUAGACAUGCACAGUGGAGGGGGGAGAGGGCCGAGACCACCCAGCAGUAACUCUGGUAUCAGCGUAGCCAAUAGCAGCAGCCACGGACGCAUGGAAUGCUCGCCUCCGGCAUAUUGCGAGGUGAUUAGUCACUUUUUUCACCACCCGCACAGCAGUAACCCACUCGGGACCUGGACCGGGGGUGGGACCAGCCAGCAGGGCCAAUCAGAAAGCACAAUACCUGCCAAGGCCAGGAAAGGGGAGGAGCUGAGGUGAGAUGGAUGAGGGACUAAGCUGUCUUAGACUCCUCCCCCCUGUAAAGAGGUGUGGCCAAUCUCUAUAUGGACCGACACUCCCAGGAUGCACAACUAAACACAACAUUAUCAACCUGCUACAACUAAACACAACAUUAUCAACCUGCUACAACUAAACACAACAUUAUCAACCUGCUACAACUAAACACAUCAUUAUCGACCUGCUACAACUAAACACAACAUUAUCGACCUGCUACAA